ACUACUCUGGUCUGGGAUGACAGUGGCCGCAAGCUCACCAUUCAGUCUGAGGGGAACCCUGAUAUAUAACAAAUGUGGCUUGGUAUUGAAUCCAAUGAAAGCAAGUGGAUUCGGAAUUUAGCGUAGCUCCCACUGGCUUGAGAACCACACUUGUCCCUUCUCACCUCCUCACAUAUAGCUUUGCCUCCCUCGAGCUUCUCACAACAACUAUCAACCAUCUAGGAACCAGGACGAGCAUUGGCGUGAUAUUCUCUAGCUAUUAUGAGCACUGACGAGAUCAUACUUGUCGUCGGGGCAACCGGUUAUACGGGCCGCCUCGUAGUAGAGAACCUUACAAAACAUUCAAACCGGUCGUUCAAACUACAGCUUGGGGGUCGCUCGGCGUCGAAAUUGAACGCGCUGGUCUCGGAACUGGGCCUUAAAGGGGUGGAAACUGUCGUUGUUGAUACGUUGAAGGAGGAUCAGGUCAACAAAGCUGUACAGGGCGCUUCUGUUGUCAUCGCUUGUGCUGGUCCAUUUCAUCGCUGUGGAACCCUUGUCCUUGCUGCAUGCGCCCGUUAUGGAAAGCAUUAUACUGAUAUCACAGGCGAGCCCUGGUGGAUCGAGGAGAUGAUAAAGAAAUACGAUUACCUUGCGUUCAAAUCGGGUGCCACUAUUGUCCCAUCCGGAGCUUUCGACUCCGUUCCUUCUGAUCUUCUCGCGUUUGUCGGAGUUCAGAAAUUGAAGGAAGUCGCCGGACUGGACGUGAAAGUCGGAAAGAGUAUUACUGGACACGCAGUGCAAGGCGGGGUUUCUGGGGGGACGUGGACUACACUUACAAGCGCUUUCGACGAAGUCCCUUCCUCAGUCAUUGCCAAAGCAAUUGAACCUUUCACACUGAGCCCUGUCAAGGGGACUUCGACAGGCGGUCGAAAGUUAUUCUUUUCCUUCCCCAAGGAACUCGGCCUUCGCACUCAUGGGUCUUUGUUUUUCAUGGCUUUUACGAACAUUAGUAUCGUUCAACGAACCUGGGGGUUAUACGAGUCGGGACAGUACAGCGAUAAACCAACAACGGAAUUGAAGUAUGGAGAUUCCUUUGAGUACGAGGAAUUCAUGGUGCUCCCGGGUAGCAAAAUCUUGAGCUACUUCUUUUCCAUUUUCCUGCUGUGGGGACUCUUGCUCUUGUAUACCUUCCCUCCAGCGAGAUGGCUUGCUCACCGCUGGGGACCGAAAGCGGGCUCGGGACCUUCCGAAGAAGUGAGGAAAAAUGGACGGUAUCGUGGGACCAACAUCACUUCCUCAAUACCAUCGCCUUCAUCGCCUGUCACGCGAUACGUGAAGUCAACAUUCAAAGGAACGAAUGAUCCUGGAUAUGGAUUAGGCGCUGUGAUGGUAUCAGAGAUUGCGCUUGCGCUGCUUCCCUCCGCUCGUUCCAAACUUACUCCUAUUGGACAAAAAGGUGGAGUUCUCACCCCGAUGAGCGCUCUUGGCUUUACGUUGGUAGAGAGGUUGAAUGCCACAGAUCGGAUUACGAUCGAAUCUGAAGAAAUCGUUCCUAGCCGGACCCGAAAAACACAGUGAACAAGUACCAAAAGUUGGUUUGUUGGUCCAGUAUUCUACUGUUUUCUUGAUUGCUCUGCGCUGGCUGUGAUUGUGCUUCCGAAUGCUUGCUAUUCUAGAUGAACUACAUUUAGAAAACGGAUCUCUUGUGUUACGUGAGAUUUGAUAUUGACAAUAUUGGUAUAUGUCGCAUUCGUGAGCCACAACGCUUGGCUAUGACUCUACCUUGGACCAAUCGAUGGUUCCACGCCUUCAUCGAUCAGAUUCUGUGGGACAUUGGGCGAAUUUGUAGG